UGUUUGUGUUGGAUUUGCAGUUAGAAAGCUAGAAUGUAUUAAUAGUAGCGCAUGGGAGCUCAGUUUCCUAUAUAAGUUUACUAUUCAAACCAGCUAUAACAGAAAUACAAUGAAGUCUGUGCUAUUCUGUACUAUUGUGCUAAAUCUGCUAAUAAUCAGUUCAGCCUCAGUACCUCUACAAUCCUGUUCUAAUGGGGAUAGAAUAUCAUCUUGCAAGGACAUAAAAAAGUAUUGGCCAAACAGUUCUUCAAAGAACUACAAUAUUGUAUAUGAAGGAGAAAUAAGGAAUGUUUACUGUAAUAUGGAGGAGCUGUGUGGUUCAGGAGGAGGAUGGACAAGACUAGCAUAUCUGGAUAUGACUGACUCUACACAGAACUGUCCUCCUGGGUUUAGACUGUACCAGUCAGGAGGAGUUAGAGCUUGUGGUAGAGCAACAUCAAGUGGAGGCAGACUAUCAGGCAGUUGUACAUCAGUUCAGUUUCCAUCUAAUGGUAUCAGCUACUCUCAAGUGUGUGGUAGAGUAGUGGGAUAUCAGUAUGCUUUACCUGAUGCUGUUUAUCCAGGAGACUAUUCAGGUGAAACGUAUGGUAGUGUUAUUAGGCCAACUUACAAUGACAUUAAUUCUUAUUAUGUUGAUGGUGUUAGUAUCACUCGUGGGUCUCCUCGUCAACAUGUCUGGACACUGAUGGCUGGACCAAGUGAUAAUUUCAUUCAUGUGAGUGUGGAUGGUCGGUACCAUUGUCCUUGCUCUCAAGGUAGUCCUCAAAACUCAACUCUUCAGUCUUUCAUUGGUAAUGACUACUUCUGUGAAUCUGGUAAUCCUUCUACUGAUGGUUCUGUUCAAUAUAUACUCUAUUCAUCUGAUCCAUUGUGGGAUGGUAAAGGAUGUGGUAGUCUUGAAGGUGUUUGUUGUGCAGCUCCUGGUCUUCCAUGGUUCAAUAAGAUGCUAAACACUACCACUACUGACUACCUUGAGCUGAGGGUGUGUGCUGAUCAAGGAACUCAAGAUGAAGAUGUUCCUGUUAGCUAUUACGAGCUUUAUGUCAAAUGAAGAGGAUAUACUUUCAACAUUUCCAUACAUGUAAUAUUGUGUGCAGUAAUGAAUCAUUGUGUUUCCUUCCUUAUUGUUGCAUAUUUAUCA